AUGGGUUCUGAUCUGAAUGAGGAACUCUCGAAUAAUACUCUCCUUUUUGAUCUAAAGGUCUGGGAAGUUGUUGGUAUCAUUAUUGGGUUGGUGAUUGUGGCUAUCCUUUUUGCAUUAACCCACUAUCUUAUUUCACAAAAGAAAUCUAGAAGAUCUCUAGACAAGCUUCCCCUUAGCCAAAUACCAAAUGUUUCAAAAGAAAUUAAAAAGGUACGGGUAGAACAAGUAUCAGCUAAUGAAUUUGUUCAAUGUGAUGGGAUUCUUCUGGCUAUUCAUGAUAAAUCUAGUGAUAACGAAUCAGACAAGUUUUUGGUCUAUAUGGAAAUGCCGAAAGUAAAGAAUGAAGACAACAGCAGUCGAUCUGGUUCAUGCCGUCGCGUGGAUAGAGACUGUUAUGAGUUUUCUCACUUGGGUUGGGGCCAUUGGUUUACGCUAAGAGAUCUUGAGCUUGUAACCAAUAUAUUUUCAAAGGAAUAUGUUAUUGGAGAGGGCGGGUACGAAGUUGUUUACCAUGGGCAGUUAAUUAAUGGGACUCUAGUUGCUAUCAAAAAGCUCCUCAACAACUUAGGUCAAGCAGAAAAAGAAUUUAGAGUUGAGGUUGAAGCCAUUGAUCACGUCAACAAUGGCAAUUUAGAACAAUCGCUUCAUGAAGCUAUGCGCCAUCACAGAUUUCUUCCUUGGGAGGCCAGAAUGAAGGUCUUCAUUAGCAUGACUGAGGCUCUUGCCUACUUGCACGAGGCAAUCGAACCAAAAGUGGUACAUCGGGACAUAAAGUUUAGCAAUAUACUGAUUGAUGAAGACUUCAAUGCGAAGGCAUUCAAAGAAAAGGAUUGUACCAUCUUAGUAGCAGAUGUUGACUCCUGA